AUGGCAGGCACCGACGCGAUCGACAAUGAUGCUCAGCGCUGGGAGACGCUGCAAGGCAAGCUCCACGAUGGCCUCCUCCGUGGAGUCCGCGAUGGAAUGGGUUAUGAAUUCAUGAGCCCGGUGCAGCAGAAGGUGCUGACCGAGUUGCCCAACUUCCAUUCGGACUGCCUCGUCCAGGCGAAGACCGGCACCGGCAAGACGUUGGCCUUCCUCCUGCCAGCACUGCACUCGCUCCUCACCCAGCCCGGCCUUCAAAAGGGUCAAGUCGCCAUCUUGAUCUUGUCGCCAACGCGUGAGCUCGCUCUCCAGAUCGCCAAAGAGUGCGACUCGGUGACUGCCAACCUCCCACGAAAGCUGGAGUGCCACACUGCGUACGGCGGCACGUCAAAGGAACGCGAUCUCAACAAGUUCAUGUCCGGUGAUCCGAAGAUUGUCGUCGCUACGCCUGGUCGCCUGAACGACUACCUCUCUGACGAAUACGUGGCCGGCAAGUUCGACACCAUUCGCACUCUCAUCCUGGACGAAGCCGACCAGAUGCUCGAAGCUGGAUUCCUAGUCGCUAUCAACGAGAUUCUCAGCCGCCUGCCCUCGAAGGCCAAGGCUCAAUGGCAGGGCAUGUGUUUCAGUGCUACGAUGCCGCAGAAGAUCUCUGGUGUUCUUCCGAAAGUGCUGAAGCAAGGCCACACCCACCUCUCAACAGUCGACCCCAACGAGACCCCCACGAUCGACCGCGUUCCUCAGCAUUCGAUUGUUGUGUCGUCGGCUGCAGAAGUCUACAAUACGCUGUGGGCAGUCUUGCAGACCGAGUACGAGGCACAGCCCGACAACUUCAAAGCCAUCGUCUUUGGCACGACGGCGAAUGGUGUGGCGCUCAUGCAUUCACUCUUCUCGACCCUCCUCGCUAGUAACAACAACAUAAAAGUCUUCCAACUGCAGUCUCGGCUUUCGCAAAACAUCCGAACACGCACGACCGCCGAGUUCAAAGCAGCCCCAGCCGGCGUCAUGUUCGCCAGUGACGUCAUUGGUCGCGGCAUGGACUUUCCCAACGUAUCGCACGUCUUUCAAGUAGGCCUUCCAUCUAACGGCGACCAGUACGUCCACCGUGUUGGCCGAACCGCGCGCGCCGGCAACGAGGGUCGUGCCGUCAUCCUUCUCACGGAGCGCGAGAGCUUCUUCUUAAGAGUGAACAAGCGUCUGCCGAUCUCGCCGUACCCCGUCGACAUCUCAGCAAAGGCAGCAGCAUCGACUCUUGAUGUCAUUCCCGCCUUCUACGCCCUGGAUGAGGCCACGAAAUCCAAAGCAUACCAAGCCUGGCUAGGAUUUCACAAGAUGUUCACGAAGCAGCUUCAGCUUUCGAACGAGGGGCUUGUCCAAGAGGCAAACCAGUACGCUUCCGCUAUCGGUUGCCCAGAGCCGCCACUCAUCGAUAAGAAGAUAGUUGGCAAGAUGGGCCUCAAGGGCGUCCGAGGUCUGAACGUGGGACACGUGGAGAGUGCUCCUGGUGGAGGCCGUGGAGGUCAGUCGUCUCGAGGUCAAGGUCGUCAAGGCAGAGGAGGCCAGCAGCCGAACGGUGGGAACAAGAGCAACGGAGGUUCACAAGGCAUUCAUGAUGGUCGUGUUGAGAAGAAUGGAACCAAUGGUGGUCGCGGUCGAGGUGGAGGCGGCGGCGGUCGUGGUCGAGGCGGCAGACGUGGCAGAGGAGGACAACCCUCAGCCUGA